AUGGAUGUGCAUCGCUGCCGCUUUGUGCCGUACCAGCCGUCCGCCAUCAACGCGGUUGCCUUUUCGCAUCCCAAAGCAAAGUCUACCAAACACAAUUCUGUGGCGAGACUAGCUGUUGGUCGUGCCAAUGGCGACAUUGAAAUCUGGAAUCCCUCCAGUGGAACUUGGCUUCAAGAGCUGAUCAUCCGGGGCGGCAAGGAUCGAAGCAUUGACGGUUUGGUUUGGGUUAACGAGCCCGACCAAGAUCUAGGCGAUGGCCGCAUCGUCAUCGGGAAGUCGCGACUGUUCAGUAUUGGUUACACAUCCACGGUAACGGAGUGGGAUCUCGAAAAGGGCAAACCAAGGCGACAUGCCAGUGGCCAACAUGGAGAUAUUUGGUGUAUUGCCGCACAACCUCAAGGCGAGAAACCGCAGAAUUCCGGAGCCAUGACCGGCCAAGAAGCGUUGCAUUCAAACAAGCUUGUUGCAGGUACCAUCGAUGGGGAGCUGGUCAUGUACUCUCUCGAAGAUGAUGAUCUCCGGUUCCAGCGAAGUCUUGUCAAAUCCCCAACAAAGAAAGCCCAGAUGGUCAGCAUCACCUUCCAGUCCCGCAAGGUCGUCAUCGUGGGCUGCUCAGACAGCACCAUAAGAGCAUACGACAUCACCAAAGGUCACAUGCUGCGCCGCAUGACUCUUGGGUCUGACCUCAUCGGAGGCUCCAAAGACAUAAUAGUGUGGUCUGUCAAGUGCCUGCCAAACGGAAACAUAGUAUCUGGCGACUCUACUGGUCAAUUGUGUAUCUGGGACGGGAAAACAUACACCCAGGCGCAGAGGAUCCAGAGCCACAAGUCGGACGUGCUCAGUCUUGCGAUAAGCGCCGAUGGAGCAGCUAUUAUGAGUGGAGGAAUGGAUCGCAGAACAAUUCUCUACCAGCAAAACGCGGGUGCUGGGCAGCGUUGGGGCAAGGUUUGGGGCCGUCGGUACCACGAUCACGACGUAAAGACAAUGGCUACGUUUGAGCAUGGACGAUUUAGUGUCGUGGUCUCUGGAGGGCCGGAUGCCAACCUGAUGAUUGUGCCAUUGAAGGAGAUGGGUCGCGAAAACCACAGAAUGAUGAGCAAUUUGCCGCAACAACCGCCAGUCAUCAGCGCUACUAAAGCCAGGUUCAUUGUGAGUUGGUGGGAAAGAGAGGUUCACAUUUGGAUUCUACGCAAAUCAGCGGUCGAAUUACAGCUCUCUCCUAAUGAGGGCGUCGAUAUCAACCAGAACCGGAAAUUGCUCAAGACCAUCGUGGUAAAAGGUGAUUCAAACGUUUCUUCCGCAACCAUCAACCAGGAUGGAACAUUGCUGUUUGUGUGCACAGCGACAGAUGUCAAGGCCUUCAAGCUCGUGCAUCAAGAUCCAGUCAAAGCCUCGGAUGUGAGGCUUUCAACCGUUGAAUUACCAGCUAAACUUUCCCACCUCGGCGCCACUCAACUUAGACUCUCUCCGGAUAGCCGGUGGCUUUGUGUGGUCAAAGAAGGCUCUAGGGUUCUACUGGCGAGACUGGAGGACAUGUCUGCUGACAGCCAAGCACCCUCAGUCAAGCUUCAACGACUUUCACGGCUACGCAGGCUGGUUCCGAGGUACAUUCUAAAUGGCGGACUGGGGAGUUACGAUAGAAACAUCACGCAGAUUUCUUUCAGUGCAGACUCCAGCAUGAUGGCAGUCGCCGAUCUGGCUGGGUACAUCGACACAUGGGUUCUGCGAGACGCCCAUCAGCGCCUGCAGAAAAACCAAGAGGAUGAUGUCGCAGAGAAGACGGCCAACGUCGCGUCCGAUAGCGACGCAUCAUCAGAAGACGAUGAUGCAGUGGCCAGCGACGGCCAUGACGAGUGGAUUCGCAACCCCAACGCCAAGUUGAUACCAAAGCUGCCAGCAUCACCCAUGGUUCUGUCAUUCUCCAACCAUGUACCUGGACCUGAGGGCUCUGCCAACGACGACGGAUCCGCUGAUUACAUUCUCGCCGCCAUUACCUCGUCAUGGAACAUUUUGGCCUUCCAUCCCCGCCAGGGUUCCCUUACUCCAUGGUCGCGCCGGCAUCCGCGCAAGUCCCUUCCGGGAUCGAUUCGGGAUCUUCUAGAUUUGCCAAAGGGAGUGAUGUGGCAAGAGUCUCGGAUGUGGGUUUACGGCGUGUCGUUUUUGCUGAUGCUCGACAUGGGCCAAGAUUUACCGUUGUCCUCCCAACUGGAAGGCAGUGACUCGCAACUUGCUCAAGGCAUGAAGCGCAAAAGGGUCGGCCUCUCGACCGGUGCAGGAGGCAAGAUGGGCCGAGAAAGCCUAAUGCCCAGCCAAAUCAGGAAACACGGUGCCAACGACAAGUGGGAGGAUAUUGAUGUUGCAGAGAAGCCUGAGGUUGAUGAAAGUGACAGUGACGACGACAUGCCCGAUGUUGACACGCGGCCUUCCAGAUUAUCCCCGGCGGCGAAUGGGGAAGAAGAUGUCAUCCUUCCAACGACAGAAAUUGCUACGAAUGAACCCAAGAAGUGGUGGAUGACGUACAAAUAUCGCCCCAUUCUUGGCAUUGUACCCUUGAGCUCUGCGAGCAAAGACCUCGAAGUUGCUUUGGUUGAGCGGCCCACUUGGGACAUCGACAUGGCGGAGAGAUAUUUUGGCGAAGAAGAAUGGGAAAGAUGA